GUACAGAGGGCGAGAUCAUUUGUGCAGACGGCGAGGAGGAAGGAGAAACCGACUGGCACCAGCGACAGGCCGUUCUUCGCACGGUUCGGGGUACCGUGGUGUGCUUCAGGAUCGAAAAGAUUGGGCUCAAAGAUGCCCAGGACUACAUCGAUCCUUUCAUGACGGUGUUGGUUGCCGAUGCCCGGGCCAACAUCCUGGAUUCCAGAGACACGAACUUCGGGUCGGAACGAAGGGCGACGCACGUGAUCUUCAAUCAGCAG